UGCUCCCGUGUGACUGCGCAACGCGCAGCGGCUCUUGUCCCUCUCGGCGACCCGUCGGCAGCGAUGCAGUUGCCAUAGUGACCUCCCUCGAGCUCUCUCUCCCCGCCCGUUGCUCGGCUGCUGGGCGGCUUCGUCCCGAUCCCGCGCAGUUCGGAGGUCGGGACGCACCCCGAGCCGCCAGCGGUGCCCCGCUGGAGGAUGGAAAGCGAGGGCGACAGUUGUUCGUGGGGAAGGAGAGAAGACCCUGAGGUCGUCCACGAGGGUUCAAGUCCAGGUUGCCGGAAUGCCUCGUCCAGGUGGCGUGCGGACACCAGCACUGCGCCUUCCCGCUGAAUCGCAACGAGCUGUGCGUCUGCAAUACAGCUGGCAGCCCUGCUGCACAGGGUUGACACCUCAAGGAAUUAUUAUUGGAACUCUUCUGAGAUUGGUUCUUCAUGUAAGAUUUAGUCCAGAUGAUCAACAGGUGGCAGUAUGUGCUGGAAAUCGAAUCUACAUGUUAAGUGCAAAGAAUGAAGCCAUAGAAGUUAAACUGAAUGGCCACCUGGCUCCAGUGACUGCUGCUGAGUUUUGCACGUGGGAGAAAAAUAUGCUUCUAUUGGUGUCUGAAGACAGAAGCUUCAAGGUAUGGGACUAUUCUACUGGACUGUUAAUGUAUCAGUCAGGGAUAUUAACAGAAUUUCCUUUGCUAAGUCUACUAAUUGACGACGAAAAGAGACAGAUCAUCACUGGAUGUGCUGAAGGACAGCUUUGGAUCUUCAGUUUAAGCAGUGAUCAUAGUUACCGUUGUGUGGCACAUACGGACUUAAAGAAAGAGCAAGAGAAAUUCUAUAAUAAAAUCUGGAAAUCUGAAGAAGAAUUAGGUGAAAGGCAAAAUGCUUCUGAGCUUUGCAAAACAAACAGCAUGAAACCAGAGGGGUCAGUGGAAGCAUCAUUGCCUGUUCUCCUAAUUGAACACUGUGACUAUUCAGUAUGUUUCCACAAUGAAGAAAAUAUUAAAAAUAAAGAAUAUCCACUGGAAAGUUCUCCUCCAAUCAACUGUGAGGCAGAAACAUCCGUUAUUUUCAACCAACUACAAUUUGUUGCGUUCAGCAUUCUGGGAAAAGAGAUGUUCCAGCGGGCUGUAGGCUUUGCACAGUUUUAUUUUAUGGAUACAUUUAUAUUGCUGUGCUGUGGAGCUGAAUUUCAUCUAUGAAGUUUCCAUCUAGAUGCGGCGAAGGAUGACCUAAAACGAACAUUAUUUGUGAUUACUGAAGUCAGUGAUAAUCAUCUGAAAAUACAGAUGUCUUUGGAAAAUGUUAAAACGAUCAUCUGUGGAAUGGCAAACGUGUGAUGAGAAAUCCUUCUCCUCAAGGUACACUUACUGGAGAUCAUGAAUGGGAAAACUGGUGGAUCCUGCCAUACACUGUUGUAGCUGACUUGUAGCUUCCUGCUCUGUAGAAAUUCAUCUUUCAUUCAUUGACCUGUGGGUUUGCCUGUUUUAAUGGCAAGAAAACGCUGAGAUUUAGUGCUUAUCAGAGAUAUUUAGUGUGUUAGAUUUCCAGUGGCAGGAGCCCAGGUCUCUGAGAGUGUGGGUUUGUGGAGUUUGCAGAGUCACAGUCUCAUUGCUAUUAAUGAGCUCCCUGGACUCUUUCAGGUACGAAUUCUUGCACUGUGUCAUUAAGUAGAAGGAAGAUGUUUUUUCAGGCAGUGAAGCUUUGAGGUCUCAUUUUAUUUUAUGUUUUUUGACUGCCAACAGCUAUACUUCAUUAUACGUGGAAAGCACAUUUGGCUGCUUCUUUUCUUCAAGGUUCUUGUUAGAAAUUACACCCAGCAGUUGCUUCCAAAAGCAUUUUUGACUCAGUGGAAUCUCCCUGGGCCUUCUGCUUCUUCACUGCAGUGACAAUAUGAUACCACGGGAGUGAUUUUUCAUGAAAUUACAUUUUCAUGACUUCGGUCAGGAAGGUUCAGUUCUGCAGUUCAUGUUAUAAAGUUACACCAUAUCUCAGAUUAAACUUUGUCACAUCAAUACUUUUUUUUAUAUAUACUUCUACUUUUUUUCAGACAGUUUAUUUCAGAGAUAGGGACAUCCUGAAUUUUUUCAUCACCGUGUGCUUUCACUUCACUAAAUUUUGGAAUACACACUUAUUACUUACCGUGUCUAAAAAACAUCAAUAAAAAAAGAGACUUUAAUGAUUUAACUUACCCAAAGAACUAACGUUAUAUUUAGUAGAGGCAGUGCGGAGUUCAAGUUGAUCAACAUGUCCGUGAAUUUAAUCUGCUUUUAAAAUUACACUGGUGCUGUUUUUAACAUGAAUUUUGUAUUUAGAUGGACUUACCACAUCCCAGCAAACAUGUUUCUAAGGUCAUAUAAAAAGGACACUGUCUAAUCUCUGAUUAUUGUCUUCAUUUAUAAUUGUUCACCCAGAAACAAUUUAAAAUCCAGUUCUAUUUAGAACGCCUCUUGUGACUGUGAUAACUGCCAGUGAUGUAGUGGCAUCUUUGCUUUUGCAGUCAUUUCUCUUGGACAGCUAACCUGAGAGAACAUUGAUUGUUUUAAUGAAUAACCAUUUUAAUAGAAUAAAAAAAAUAUUUUAAACUAUGAUGGCAAUUUGAACGGUAUGAAUAAUCUCUCUGAAGAAGUCAGUGCACUUGCAAUUGCUUUCAACCAUGUCUAGCUCUGUUGGGUAAAUUUUUUCUGAUAUAAUGACUUCAUUAUGUCAUUUUGUCCCUCUAUGAUCAGUAAUUAGCAACUGCUUUAAAAAAAAGUCCUCUUCCUUGCAGCGCAUGCUUUUAGAACACACACAAUUUUUGCCAAUAGGACAAAUUUCUGUAAUUAACAUAUCCAGGUAGACGUAACACUGCCCAAGUUGAAUCAUACCAAAAAUUUUCAUUUACUCUUGUGUUUUGCUUUGAAAAUUAUGAAUAGAAUAAGUCAGAGAAAUGUCUUUAUACAGAAAUUUUCUUUUUGGUACUUGUCUCUCUUUUGAGAGAGCAUUUCUGCAUUAUUUCAUGAUAAAGUGACUAAUUUGAAUGCAAAAGUAGCAUGGCAAUGGCAGGUUUUGGAAAAAAACAACAACAAUAUACUGUAAGUAAACAUGUUCAGUCACUUGAAUGUGAAUAAUAAAAGCAGGAAUGUAAUCCUGUUAGAUUCUGAUACAUGCCUUAUUUUGAGGAAGAAAAAUCUGUCUCUUUGGUGUAUCAAGGAUAAUUAGAGGUAUCUCACAGCUACUUCAGAGGAGAGUGCCUGACUGCUGUUGUUUGGCUGGCAUUGCAUGAAGGAAUUUGUUUUGUUUUGUUCUUAACAUAUUUUGCUGUGAGCUGAUGUCCAGGUUUUGGAGUGGAGUUUGUGCAACUGAACUUAUACACCCCACUGGGAUGCUAGUAAAACUCUUUCUCCUGUUUCCCUCAGUUUUUCUCAUUGCUGAGUGAAGAGACAGGACUGUAAUGACAAUGAUGCCAUGCAAACAUGAGCAGCCUUGGAGAUUAAGGCAGUCUGUUCGAAGAAUGUCUGAGAUUACAUUUAAGUUGUUUCAAACCCAUCAUUCAAUAAACGAUCAUUUGUCCAGCCAUGUGAGUUCC